AUGGCCAAGGCCAUGGGAGAUGGACUACGGGUCAAGCGAGCAGAGACAUCCAUCAUGUAUGUCAUGGGAGCACUUGGUCCUGCAGUGGGAUAUUUAUUAGGUGGACUUCUUAUUGGUUUUUAUGUUGAUCCCAGAAAUCCUGUUUACCUUGACCAGAAUGACCCUCGUUUCAUUGGAAACUGGUGGAGUGGAUUCCUCCUUUGUGCCAUUGCAAUGUUUCUUGUGAUAUUCCCAAUGUUUGCUUUUCCAAAAAAGCUUCCGCCUCGACACAAGAAAAAGAAAAAGAAAAAAUUUUCGGCUGAUGCUGUUAGUGAUGACGAUGUUAUGAAGGAGAAAUCAAACAAUAGUGAACAAGUGGACAAAAAAGUUUCUUCUCUGGGAUUUGGAAAGAAUGUCAGAGGUGUUAUUAUUGUCCCCAGUGCCGGUGUUGGCAUUGUCCUGGGAGGCUACAUUAUAAAAAAAUUGAAACUUGGUGCAAGAGAAUCUGCAAAACUAGCAAUGAUCUGCAGUGGUGUGUCUUUACUGUGUUUUUCAACCCUGUUUAUUGUUGGAUGUGAAAGUAUUAAUCUAGGAGGCAUAAACAUCCCGUACACAACAGGACCCUCUCUCACCAUGCCUCAUAGGAACCUGACUGGAAGCUGCAAUGUUAAUUGUGGAUGUAAAAUACAUGAGUAUGAGCCAGUCUGUGGAUCAGAUGGAAUUACAUACUUUAACCCUUGUCUGGCUGGCUGUGUUAACAGUGGUAAUCUUAGCACUGGGAUAAGGAAUUACACGGAAUGCACCUGUGUCCAAAGCCGGCAAGUGAUCACCCCACCCACAGUGGGACAGCACAGUCAGCUCCGCGUGGUUAUUGUCAAAACGUAUCUCAACGAGAAUGGCUAUGCUGUGUCUGGGAAGUGCAAACGGACCUGCAGUACCCUCAUCCCGUUCUUAAUUUUUCUUUUCAUAGUCACCUUCAUCACAGCAUGUGCUCAGCCAUCAGCCAUCAUAGUGACACUCAGGUCUGUGGAAGAUGAGGAGAGGCCUUUUGCUCUGGGAAUGCAGUUUGUUUUAUUGCGAACGCUGGCAUAUAUUCCUACUCCGAUUUAUUUUGGAGCAGUAAUUGACACCACCUGUAUGCUGUGGCAACAAGAGUGUGGCGUGCAAGGCUCUUGCUGGGAGUACAAUGUGACAUCAUUUCGUUUUGUCUAUUUCGGUUUGGCGGCCGGCCUCAAAUUUGUUGGCUUUGUUUUUAUUUUUCUGGCCUGGUACUCCAUUAAAUACAAGGAGGACGCACUGCAGAGGCAGCGGUGGAGAGAAUUCCCUCUGGGCACUGUGAGUGAGAUGGUGGGCCACCCCGAUGGUGCCGAUAAGUCUGCCCGGACUAGAUCUUGCCCAGUUUUCAGCACCCAGGGAGAGUUCCACGAAGAGACUGGCCUGCAGAAAGGGAUCCAGUACACAGCACAGACCUAUCCGGGCCCCUUCCCAGAAGCAAUAAGUUCCUCCCCAGAUCCGGGGCUGGAAGAAAGUCCUGCUGCCACGUAGCCUCCCUCCUGACGCUUGAAACCAGACUUCAGUUUUGUUGGCUGAGUUGAAUAUGGUGACUUGAGAAACACCCGUGCCUUCUUUUCUUUCUUUCUUUUUUGAACCUCUAAGGACACAAUCCUCAAACCAACAAAACUCAGUAUACACAGCCACUGUUGAUUGAGGGCUGGAUACCUCAACAAGACUGAGAGCCUUUACCUCCCCUGCUCUCCAAGAAGGGGGGAGUUUAGAUAGAUUUGUUACCAUUUCUGCUAUGUUAAUUUUAAUGCUCAUGCUCCCAUAUGGUAUAAGGCUGAGGUACAUGGUUAAAACAAAAUCACGAGCGAGUGUAAUGGCGGUGCAUAUCAUUAGCAUACACGCCAGACAAAGGUGAGCUUGACCUUGACUUUGCAUUAACAAAUCCAAGUUUUUAAGAUCUGAACACCUACUGUGAGUUCUGCUCCAAAGCACAAAUGAAUUUGCUUCAACUAUGCAAUCUGAUCGGGAAAAUGAAGUGCAGCAUGUUACUUUUGCUUUCAGAGACUAAAGCAGAUACGUAUUUGAAAAGAGGAAGCUAAACUUUCCCUAAAGCACUGUUAAUAGCCUUUUAAGCCAUAGCAGAGUUACAAAUCAGGUAGAAUUUUUCAAAUGCUUCAGAGGAACCAUAUGCAUCCCAUGAUAAAAGGAACAGCUACUUCAUUUCAGUCUUUUAGUCUGCCUGCCCCAUCGUAAGGUAAAGGGGCUGCUAAAUCAUAAAUCUGAUAGCUUGACUAUAAACACCAGUAUUCCUUCACAAGAGGUUUUAAAACUAGUGUGCUAAACAAUAUGGCUGGAAACUGUAAUUUGAGAUGCAUAAGACGGAAAGAAACUCAUGGCUUUCUCAUCCAAGAAAAUUGCUGCAGAGAUUUUUUUUCUUAGCUCUGAAGGACCGACGUAAGGGUAGUUAGGAAUUGUAAACUUGUCACUCAGAAUAGUUGGAAAAAGGAAUUCCAGAGCAGUAAGACUGAGUCCCACCCAGUCAUUUUAGUUAUAUGCCUGGAAAUACUGGCAAAUCUGUAUUGUUCUCUUUCUUACGUACGGAAAAUUGCUGUGGUUGCUACUGAAACGGAGUCAGUAAGCCAGGAAAGCUAUAUCUGCAGUACACGUCUGAACAUCACCCCGAAUAGUAUAGGAGGAGCUCUGUGAGUUGGACCUAGAAUAUGAUCCUAAGUAAUGUCUGAAAACUAUUUAAAAUAAACUGGUCUGACGUACCGAAUCCUAUAAUACUUUAUCAGGGUUAGGAGCAUUUUACAUCACCCUUUGAUUCUUUUCUACUCUGACCUUCUGGAAGUCAACUGAGAGAGGCCUUUUCUGUUCCUUUGGGUUCAUUAUCCAAACCCUUUCCAGUACCUCCCAGCACAUCACAUCGACUUAGGUGCCACACAGGAUGCUUUCUACAUGGUUCUUAAGACAGAUGCCUCCUAACAGCGCUAUGGACUGAUGGCGAGUUAACUCAGGGGAUCUGGCUACUCAGAAAAAGAAUCACGACAACUCAGAUUUCAGAGGGACUGUUAGGUCCAAAUACCAACAUCACUGUUUCUGCCACAGACCCUGUGCUUAUGUUGGGCUAAUUUGGGAAACGGUUUCCUUGGCUGGUUCACACUCUCGCACAGAAGGAGUGUGAUUGGCUGAACCAUCCCAUGAUUCAGCCCUUUUUGUCCUCCAUCCUUGGCUGUCCCGGUGGGGUUGUGUGGAUAUUCCUGGGCACAAGGUUGUUUUCCUCUCUUCCUAGGAAUGGCAUCAGUCAACUGAUUCUCUUGGUUGCAUGUGGUUUGUGGAGAGCGUUAUUACAAUUCAACCGAAUUAUGUCUCCAAGGGGUGGAGCCAGUAGUCUCAGGGACAAGGACUUCCCUUUGAGUAGUCUUGUUUGGCUAAGUCAUAAAACCAUUGUUGCCUGUAAUUACACUGGUGUCUAUCAAACUUUGGUCAGCGUGAUGCAUUCUGAAGGUCUUCAGAGAAUAUUGCUGAAUAUUGUCUACCCUUGGGCCUCAGGUUCCCCUACACCUAUGGGAAAUCUUUGAUCCUUUCAAAGAGAGAGUUUCCUUUUGUGUUGGAGCUAAAGAUAGGUACGUUGGAGAGAGGUGGUGUUUUCUUAAUUUCCCUCUGAUCAUUAAGAAACUGCAUUGAGAGAAUUUUGGUGGGAUUACACUUUUUUUUUGUAGCUAAGAUCGUGUGUUCCAACACUCUUCGAAUCUCUCUCUUCUUGGUAGUACAUUUUGAAAAGGAGCCGCUCUCAGAACUCCAGGAUAGGAAACUAUGGACUCAUCAGGUACCACUUUCUACCUUAAGUAGUCAUCCAGUUCAGCAAUCAAUGACUGGGCACCAGUUCUCUCUCAGACAGCAUUUUCCCCAUUACCAUCUGCCAGUCUAUGAAAUCCUACCAUCUGCCAGUCUAUGAAAUCCUUUGGGUUAAUUAGGCCAGAAUUCAAAGAAAUUGGCAUGAGUUGUACGCCACAAUGUUAGUAUUAUACUUCCUCAAGUAUCUGAUGUUUAUAAAUAGCAGGUGUAUCAUUAAUGUGUUGUUGGUGUGUAUAGAAUAAGUAAUACAUCAUGGGGGACUGAAGUUUUGGAAUAUGUACCAAGUAAGAGUUGUCUUCAAAAUGCUUUGGGUUCUGGUAGCAUCAUUGGAAUAUUAUGUAGCCAACUAAAGUGACUAUUUUAUAGAUGACACCUUUUAAUUGUAUGUAUAUGAGGUUCUUAUAUGCUUGUUAAUAAUAAUAAAUUGUUUGUGUGACUCUCUAGUCACAGCUCCUAUUAUAAGUUUACCACUCUUCAUGAGCUCAGGCUUAUAAUUACUUGUUUUAGAAAGAGAUCAUCUUGUUCCUUUGUACACUCUGUAGAUUAAUAUAUUAUUUGGAUUUAAUAUGCAAAUAUACUAUCCUUGAAUCUAGCCUAUUAAUUUAGAAAGUCCCAGGAGGUGGGGUGGGGUGUUGGAGCACAUUCUUUGGUUAUCUUUAUUACUAUGAAAUCCUUAUCCUUUGCAGGUGGCUUAAAUUCUUGAAAACAGUCAAAAGUUGUUCAGAUCCAAAGUGGGAGAAGAAAAGAGGAAUAGACAGGAAACAAAUUAGCAUUUUGUAAAGCACUUAAUAUAUAUCAUUCAUUUUAAACCUCCUAAUAAGUUUGCAAGAUAAUUAUUUUUAUUGGUUUUUUUUGUUUGUUUGUUUUUUAUUUUUGUUUAAAAAAACACAUAUUGUA